AUGCUAUGGGCGGUCUCCGCAUUCUUCCAUCUUUUACAUUUUACAUUUUACAUUUUACUAUUUACUUUCACCGCCAGGCAUAUCAACAAGGAGAGCGAUCAUGAGAGAGAGCAGAUUCAAGACAAGGAACAGGCGAGGACAAUGAUCGCCUCAAGAACUGGCCGGUGUUGUCUCCGCCGGCGGAUCACAUCCGGCUUUCCAGAUGCGCCUCUCCCCCCCGGGGCGCAUUUCGACUCCUCCCCCACAGCACCAUUCGUAAGACGCCAGUGUUUACGAUCUCGAACGUUCAAGUCUUCCCGAUGCCUACGAGAGCAGGAGAAAGAGCAGAGCAAUGAAUCAUUUAGGAGACGGCUAGGCAAGGCAUGGCGGGCAACCAAGAUAGUAUGGUAUCCCAUCCCCGUGGGCUUGGGGAUUGGCUUUCUGGGAUUCGCCCAGUUCUGGAGAGUGCGUGCCCGGGAAAGAGAGAGAGAGAAGAAUGCGAUCCUAGCCGCGGAAAGCGAAGGAGGUGACAGUGGAGACGGCAGAGGAAAGAGACCUCGAAAGCGAGAGCGAAUACGACCUUCGGGGCCCUGGCAAGUCCAGGUCAUGUCAACACUGCCACUCAAGGCAGUCUCGAGACUAUGGGGUCGCUUCAACGAAUUAACAAUACCAUACUACCUCCGCGUGCCGGGCUUCAAGCUGUAUGGAUGGAUAUUCGGGGUCAACCUCGACGAGGUGGCCGAGCCCGAUCUCCACGUCUAUACAAAUCUCGCUUCGUUCUUCUACCGCACCCUCAGACCGGGCGUCAGACCCCUCGAUCCCAACCCUAACGCCAUCCUCUCCCCGGCAGACGGCCGAGUCCUCUCUUUUGGCACCAUCGAACAAGGCGAAGUCGAACAAGUCAAAGGCAUGACCUACAGCCUGGACGCACUCCUGGGCAAGACACCGCCCGGCACCUCCCCUAAUCCCUCCUUACCAUCCAACAUCUUCUCCCCGUCCUCCAACUCGGAUCUCGCCCAAUCCAAGCCCACCGACGACCCCACCGCGGACAACGUGAGCGCGGACCAAGAAUUCGCCAACGUCAACGGCAUCUCCUACACCCUCCCCAGCCUCCUCUCAGGCCCACACGACGAAGCCCACGCCUCCCCCGCAACGCCCCCCUCCGACGCCUCCACCACUCCGCGUCCCUCCUCCGAAGCCGAAGUCCGCGCCGACCUCGCCCUAUCCCCCAAAAACCAACAGCCUUGGUGGUCCCCUUUCUCCACCAGCACCCAACCAACCCAACUCUACUACCUCGUGGUCUACCUCGCGCCAGGCGACUACCACCGCUUCCACUCGCCCGUCCCCUGGGUCUGCACCACGCGGCGCCACUUCUCCGGCGAACUCUACAGCGUGUCGCCCUACCUCCAACGCACGCUCCCGGGCCUCUUCACCCUCAACGAGCGUGUCGUCCUGCUCGGCCGAUGGAAAUACGGUUUCUUCUCCUAUACGCCCGUCGGCGCCACCAACGUCGGGAGCAUCAAGAUCAACUUCGACCGCGAGCUGCGCACCAACAGUCUGGCUACGUAUGCCAAUGCGAGUCGCGUGCUAGGCGGGUAUGCGUUGAAGCGCGGGGAGGAGAUGGGCGGGUUUCAGCUGGGGAGUAGUAUUGUCUUGGUUUUUGAGGCGCCAAUGGGACAGGGGGUGGGAGAGGAAGGGGAGAGGGAGAGGGAGAGGCUAAGGCGCGGGUUGAGGUGGAGGUGGAAUGUGGAAAAGGGCCAGAGGGUCAAGGUUGGGCAGGCGCUCGGGUGGGUGGAGGAGGAUGAGACAGCAGAAUGA